CUUCUGCAAAUUCAGAUGCGUUUGGUUUUGAUUUUGCAGCGGAGGGAGGAUAACGGGCUGGCAGGACCUCGCCCUGCCGAGCUGUAGCGGUCCCGAGAAGGGCUGGCUCGGUAAAGCCGAGCCCGAAGGGAGAGAAAAAUUAUUUGAUAACCCGACCUGCACGAAAACAUGUUGAGAGAAUUCCAAUUCAGAAUGAAGCUGCUGGAGGCGGUCUCUCUGCUCCCUCUGCUGGCGACUCUGACACACUGCAGCCCGGCCGGAGCUCAGAACGCUCAGAACUCUCGGGAAAGUUCUCCGAACUUUCAGAGCCCACCGACGCUCCGCUAUCACCAUGACUACUGCGUCCUGGGGGCGGGGCCGGCCGGGCUGCAGAUCGCGCACUUUCUGGAGAAAUGUGGGCGGGACUACGUGGUGCUGGAGAGAAACCACGCCCCCGGGAGCUUCUUCCAAAGGUACCCCCGACACAGACGGCUGAUCAGCAUCAAUAAGAUCCACACGGGCCGAUCGAACACAGAGUUCAAUCUGAGACACGACUGGAAUUCACUGCUGAGCGACCGAGACAGUCUGAGAUACAAACACUACAGCAAAGAAUACUAUCCACACGCAGACAGCAUGCAGGAAUACCUACAGCAAUACAGCACUGAACUGAACCUGAGAGUGAGGUACGGAACUGAAAUUCUAAACGUGCGGAGAGGGGAGAGAGAGGGGGGGAGAGGAGAGGGAGAGGGAGCCUGGCACAGCCAUCGCUUCGUCCUGACCGAUCAGGAUCAGAACACCUACACCUGCAGCGUGGUUCUGGUCGCCACCGGGCUCUGGGUUCCCAAGCAGGUCCGUUUCCCCGGUUCCGAGUUCCUGGAGGGGUACGAGUCGGUGUCGGUGGACCCGGAAGACUUCGCCGGUCAGGCGGUUCUGAUUCUGGGGAAGGGGAACUCCGCGUUCGAGACGGCGGCCAAUUUAUUAGGGACGGCCGGCCACCUGCACCUCUACAGCCGGACCCCCGUCAGGCUGGCCUGGGAGACACACUACGUGGGGGACCUGAGGGCUGUCAACAAUGACCUGCUGGACUCCUACCAGUUGAAGUCCCUGGACGGGCUGGUAGAGGGCGCUGUGGAGCAGCUGGCUGUGCUCCGGGACGGGAGGGGCCGGCUCUACCUCACCCUGGCGGAACUCCUGCGGGCUUCCAACGUCUCCCGGGCGACCGCGGAAGCCCUGGACAUGCCCACGCUGAUGUCGCUGCUGCCCGCGGACCAGGACGAUAACUUCUCUCUGCGGAGGCCCUACGACAGGAUGGUGCGGUGCCUGGGAUUCGAGUUUGACUACUCCAUCUUCAACAAUGACACGGCCCCCUUCCCUCGUCGGGGGCCCCCCAGGAAGUACCCCCUCCUCACCCCCUGGUACGAGACGCAGCGCACCCCCGGAAUCUUCGUCAUCGGCACCGCCAGCCACGGGAGAGACCAUCGCAGAUCAGCGGGGGGCUUCAUCCACGGGUUCCGGUACACAGUGCGAGCGGUGCAUCGUGUGCUGGAGCAGCGUUACCAUGGGAACAGCUGGCCCUCCAUCUCUCUGCCGACCAGUCAGCUGCUGGGGGCGGUCCUUCGCCGGAUCAACGAGGCGUCGGGACCCUAUCAGAUGUUCAGUGUGCUGGGAGACAUUGUGCUGCUGCAGGGGUGAGAGAGAGAGAGAGAGAGAGAGUCUCCUCUCCAGUCCCUCCCGGCUCUGGAGCCUCUCUCUGGGCUUGCUGUGAGCCCGGCCGGCCUUUUGGUGAUCACCAUGCAGUACGGUCAGAACCAGACUAACCCCCUGGGCCAGAACCGGGCCAUCAGUGACUGGAGAGAGGCCUGGAGGUCCAAAUUCCUGCACCCGGUCAUCUACUACUACAGAACCCUGCCCUCAGCCUCAGAGAUGAAGCUCCGCCCCCGCGGCUGGCCCUUGCCCCGCCCCCACGCCCUCCAUCACGUCGUGGAGGACUUCCUGACAGAGUGGAGUGGAGCCGUGUCUCACAUCCAACCACUGAGGAGAUUCCUGGAGCACUGUGUGAGCACCGAGCUGAGAAACUACUAUACAGAGUCCUGUUUCCGCCUCACUCUGACCAAUCGCAGCCCUCCGCUCUCCUGUCGCCAGGGUUACCUCAGGAAGCAGGGCCUUGUGGGUAACGCCAGGCUGUGGCGACACGCCAUGGAGGCGGGGCUAAUGCAAGACUUCCUGCCGGAGCCAGCGCCCUCGAGCCAGUCACCUGACACGAGACCAGGGUUCACAGGUCACAGCGAACUCUGACCUCGAUUAUAUAUAUUAUAUAUAUAUAUAUAUAUAUAUAUAUAUAUAUAUAUUAU